AUGAAAGAAUGUAAAGGUAUUCCUAAAGAACAAUUUGGAAAACAUGAUGAAUUAAUAUCAACAGCAAACUAUGAAAUUCAUUAUCAAUUACCAUUCGAAUGGAAUCUUAAACGUGCCAUUGAUGAUUGGGUAUUUAUGUGUUUUUUUGUGGGAAAUGAUUUUUUACCACAUUUACCAUCACUUGAAAUACGUGAAAAUGCUAUUGAUCGUCCUAUAUGUAUAUAUAAAGAUAAUGUACCCAAAUUUCAAGGUUAUUUUACAGAAAAUGGUAUGCCAUAUAUGAAACGUGUUGAAAUUAUUUUAAUAAGUAUUGGUAAAAUGGAAGAUGAAAUAUUUAUGACACGACAUGAAUUCGAUCAACAACAACGACAACGUGAGCGAAACCGUUCAAAUAAUUAUCAACCAUCAAAUAAACGACUUAGAUUGACAAUAGACCGAAAUUGAAAUAUUUUUGUUAUAAAACAUUCAAACAAAAUGACAACAUCCGACCAUCGUCAUUCGAAUCAUCAUAAGGAAUUAAAUAAUGUUCAUCCUGCUAAUGAUAAUAAUAAUAAUAAUUCAAGAGAUGCUCAAAUAGAUUCUGAAUUACUUGAAUUAGAAACAGCUUUGAACGAUAUUGAAAAAGCCAUGGAUAAAAUAGAAUCUCAAAAUUCACAUAUUCAAACAAAAUUACGUGAUCUACUUGAAUCAAAUAGAAAAAUGGCGAAAGAAUUUACUGAUAUACGUCGUGGCAUGACAAAUAAAUUUAAAGAUGUAACACGUGAUUUAGAACAAACAUCAGGUACAGCACAUGAUUUAGCUGCUGUUACGUCAAAUACAUUAAAUAAAAUUGAACACGAAAUGUCAUCAACGAAUGAAAAUAAAAAUUUUAAAUAA